AUGGCAUCUUUACGAGUAAAAAAACCAAGCACCCGCAAGGGUAAAAAAGCUCUGGAGGAACGAGAGCCCAAAACGAUAGAAAAUCUCAAGAAAACGCUCAUCAUGGAAGGACGAAAGUGUUCGAAUGAUAUUCGGCAAGCGUUGAGGGAUUUGAAUUUGCUGAAGAAACCCAACUCGCGCAUGAUGCGACGAAACAAUGAUGUCACUCCGUUUGAAGAUGCCACCCCUUUGGAGCACCUGGCAAAAACGAAUGAUUGCCAUCUAUUUUUGUUCGGCUCGUCCUCGAAAAAGCGUCCAAACAAUCUGAUCUUGGGACGGACCUACGACGAACAGGUACUGGAUAUGGUAGAGUUCGGCAUCGAUCACUACACAGCGCUGGAAAAGUUUAAGACGGAAAAAAUAUCACAAUUCACCAAACCGGUCAUCAUUUUCAAUGGCUACAAGUGGAAGCUGACAGAGGAGCUGCGGCGCAUCAAGAGUUUGCUGCUGGACAUGUUCCGUAUCGAUCAGAUCGAUACAAUCCGGCUGCAGGGAAUAGAACACGUGCUCAGCUUUACGCUUGCAGAUGAUCUGACCAUUUUGGUGCGUUCCUAUCGCAUCCAGCUGAAGAAGAGUGGCCAACGAACGCCCCGUAUCGAGCUGGUUGAAAUGGGCCCGUCGCUAGAUCUGUCCGUGCGACGCACAAAGAUUGCCUCGGACAAUCUGUACAAGGUGGCGAUGAAGCAACCGGCUAUACUGAAGGUGGCCAAGAGGAAGAACGUAACGCGUGACGAGCUGGGCAAUGUACACGGCAGAGUGCACGUUGGCAAGCAGGAUAUCAAUGUGCUGCAGACUAGGAAGAUGAAGGGCCUGCGAAAGACGGCCGAAGAGAAACGGCAGGAGAAACUGAACAAGCAGCAACGGAACUCGGCAAGUGCAGAUGCUUCGAUGGAAGAAGGUGUGGAAGGUGAAUCGAACGAAGAAAUGGACGAAGAGUGA